AUGUACCAGAUUCACAACACUUUCAUCACAUUACUCGAUACAAUGCUGAUUACUCUAGAAUGCGUUCUACUUGCGUUACAGGCGGUUUCUGCAGUUCGACUUGUAUUAGAAUCACCAAUUGAAAUUACUGGUCAAUCAAACAAUAGGCUAUCAAAACGAUCACCCGUUGAAUUGAGUGGUGGUAUUAACAAAUGCUUCACAAUUAGAUCCAAUGUUAAUGGAGUCGAUUUGAAUUUACAAGUCGAUUCAUCAAUGGCUGAUACGAUCGUACCACUUUCUAGUUCAAGCAGCGAUAUAGGUUUGGCUAUACAAAGUAUUACAAGUGGAAAGACCGUUACUAUAAAUUACAAAGGCGAAGAGUAUAGUGGAUUUAGUUCCACAGCCGCUGUGACGAUUCCGGGUACCGAAAUAACUGGCAUCAAUUUACCAGCAAUCUUGGUUGAAAAAAAGUCGCCAGAUCUAAUUGGCAUUGGUGGAAAACUCAAACAAGGAGUAUUUGGGUUUGCCUAUCCCUUGUUGUCAAAUCAUCAUUCACAAACCACUGCGAUGGAUGCUUUGUACAGCAAUAAUGUCAUUCCCAGUAACGAGGUUAGUAUUCAACUAUGUCCAUAUGAGAUGUUGCAGGAAAGCUUCAUCAAUAUAGGAAACACGGACAUAACUCCAAAAUGCAGAACGGAUGGAAAAAGUGUUGCAUGGGUACAAUCACCAACAACCGAUGAAUUUACUGUCGACAUCAAGAGUAUACUAGUCAAUGACAAACAAGUGGAUCUGCCUGCUGGAUUCCAAAAAAAGGUGGAAUAUGGACGUACUUUGUAUUCGGUUAUACAUACAUGCUUUACAUAUAUAUGUCUCCCUGAAAUAGUCGUGACAACGUUGAUUGAUGCUAUUCUUGAUAGUGAUGCGAUCACUGUCAAGAAUACUAUGUUUAGUAACAAUCACCUCGGCAAAAGAAGGAUUAAAAAGAGAUUGCGGAAAAACUAUUUAAUGUUUGAGCCCAAUUAUAAUAUCGAUUGGAACAAGAUGCCGUCGCUUUCAAUUACAAUGUUUGCUCAAACCCCUGUAACUGAUGACAAUCGCGAUUCCGUUGUAACAAUCAAACUAGGUCCCAAAGACUAUAUGCAGAGAAUUGACUCUAAAUAUGUUAGAUUUGCUGUAAAAAUUUGUUCAAGUGAUUACGCAACUCUUGGUAUACAAUUUAUGAUUCGACUUGGAUUGACAUUUGAUUUACAAAAUACACGCAUUGGAUUUGGUCCUGGAUGUGGAUGCGAAGUCUCGACUGAUGGAUAUCCUAUUAUUUCAAACGGUCAUGAAGUGCUCUGGUCACCAUCACAAUUGCCUGAACAACCAAGUGGUUCAAGUUCAGAUGGCACAUCUACUCUUAGGAGAUCAUUGUCGCGACUUGGUAGUACUCUCCGUGGUAUUGAUAUGAUGUACAUCGGAACUCUUGGUGAUAAUCAUCAAGUAGCUGUACCUGAAGACACUCACCACGCUGUCAAGAGUCGCAAACAGACUCUCAAUAAACUCGACUGA